AGGCGGAGGGUCGGGCGGCGGUCCACCCGGUUCGACCUUGGACCCCGGCCCACCUGCAUCAGCCCCUCAGCCGGCCCAGGCUCGGACCCUGCGCGCCGCCGGGACGGACCCGGACGGACCCGGAGGCUGGGCUGUCAGUGCGACGCCUGGGCCUGGAGCUCCCGGUCUCUGGCCCCGCCGCGGGCCCAGCGCUCUCGCCUGGGCGCCUCCCCGCCCCGCUCCGAUGCUCCAGAGCCAUCCCAGCCUGUCCCUGACCCUGGCCACCCCCUGGGAGCUGACAGCCACAGUGCUGAGGUCUGGAGCGGUGGUCAGGAUGGCGGAGGAACAGGAGUUCGCCCAGCUCUGCAAGUUGCCCACACAGCCCUCCCACCCUCACUGUGUCAGCAACACCUACCGGAGUGCACAGCACUCUCAGGCCCUUCUCCGGGGCCUGCUGGCUCUCCGGGACAGCGGCAUCCUCUUCGAUGUCGUCCUGGUGGUGGAGGGGAGGCACAUCGAGGCCCAUCGUAUCCUGCUGGCUGCGUCCUGCGAUUACUUCCGAGGCAUGUUUGCUGGGGGGCUGAAGGAGAUGGAGCAGGAGGAGGUCCUGAUCCACGGCGUGUCCUACAAUGCCAUGUGCCAAAUCCUGCACUUCAUAUACACAUCCGAGCUGGAGCUCAGCCUGAGCAAUGUCCAGGAGACGCUGGUCGCCGCCUGCCAGCUUCAGAUCCCAGAAAUUAUCCACUUCUGCUGUGAUUUCCUCACACCCUGGGUGGAUGAGGACAACAUCCUCGACGUCUACCGGCUGGCCGAGCUCUUUGACCUGAGCCGCCUGACCGAGCAGCUGGACGCCUACAUCCUCAAGAACUUUGUGGCCUUCUCCCGGACUGACAAGUACCGCCAGCUGCCACUGGAGAAGGUCUAUGCCCUGCUGAGCAGCAACCGCCUGGAAGUGUCCUGCGAGACCGAGGUGUACGAGGGCGCCCUGCUCUACCACUACUCCCUGGAGCAGGUGCAGGCCGACCGGCUCCCACUGCAUGAGCCCCCCAAACUCUUGGAGACCGUGCGAUUCCCCCUCAUGGAGGCCGAGGUCCUACAGCGGCUGCAUGACAAGCUGGACCCCAGCCCACUGAGGGACACAGUGGCCGACGCCCUCAUGUACCACCGGAACGAGAGCCUGCAGCCCAGCCUGCAGGGCCCUCGGACCGAGCUGCGGUCGGACUUCCAGUGUGUUGUGGGCUUCGGGGGCAUCCACUCCACGCCAUCCACUGUACUCAGCGACCAGGCCAAGUACCUGAACCCAUUGCUGGGAGAGUGGAAGCACUUCACUGCCUCCCUGGCCCCCCGCAUGUCCAACCAGGGCAUUGCCGUGCUCAACAACUUCGUCUACCUGAUUGGAGGGGACAACAACGUACAGGGCUUCCGCGCCGAGUCCCGGUGCUGGAGGAGCCCACUCGCCCGCAGCACACACACACCCGCCCCUCCAUCUUGUCGGUACGACCCGAGGCACAACCGCUGGUUCCAGAUCCAGUCCCUGCAGCAGGAGCACGCUGACCUCUGCGUGUGUGUCGUGGGGAAGUACAUCUACGCGGUGGCUGGCCGCGACUACCAUAAUGACCUGAGUGCUGUGGAGCGCUACGACCCCGCCACCAACUCCUGGGCCUAUGUGGCCCCACUCAAGAGGGAGGUGUAUGCACAUGCGGGCGCCACGCUUCAGGGAAAGAUGUACAUCACCUGCGGCCGCCGCGGGGAGGACUACCUGAAGGAGACCCACUGCUAUGACCCAGGCAGCGACACCUGGCGCCCUCUGGCCGAUGGGCCUGUGCGGCGCGCCUGGCACGGCAUGGCCACCCUCCUGGACAAGCUGUAUGUGGUCGGGGGCAGCAACAACGACGCUGGCUAUAGGCGGGACGUGCACCAGGUGGCCUGCUACAGCUGCACGACCGGGCAGUGGUCGUCGGUCUGCCCACUCCCGGCGGGGCAUGGGGAGCCUGGCAUCGCUGUGCUGGACAACAGGAUCUACGUGCUGGGCGGCCGCUCGCACAACCGGGGCAGCCGCACGGGCUAUGUGCACAUCUACGAUGUGGAGAAGGACUGCUGGGAGGAGGGACCCCAGCUGGACAACUCCAUCUCAGGGCUGGCGGCCUGCGUGCUCACUCUGCCACGUUCCCUGCUCCUCGAGCCGCCCCGAGGGACCCCUGACCGCAGCCAGGCUGACCCUGACUUCGCCUCCGAGGUGAUGAGUGUGUCUGACUGGGAAGAGUUCGACAACUCCAGCGAGGACUAGGGGCCUAGCUGUCGGGGGUUGGCAGCGGAACCGGGGCUGCGGCUCCCUCGCCCUGCCUUACCCAGCUUUUGUACCUGCCCUGGCAGGUGGGUGGUGGUCUCUCAGCUCUGCAGGUCUGGCUGUGGAUCACCCUGAGGUGGGAAGUCUUUGAGACGGGAGAUCCGCAGCCUUUGAGGGAAUCCCCAGGCCCUCCCCUCCUUCAGCUGGGACAGGAUGCAUCCACCGGCCAUCCUGGCCUCCCUGCUCCCUGCUUCUGGUCCCUUCUGGUUUGAGAAGGUGCCUCUCUCCCAAGGGACCUGAGGGCUGACAUCCAGCGAGGGGCCGAGGCACAUCUUGCCCCUUCCAUGGGCAGGGAGGAGCGGGAGAGCCCAUCACUUGUGUAGCCGCUGAGGGCCCGAGGGUCUGUGCUCCCAGGGGCCCAGGGGAGCAAAGAUGGGGCACUGGCCUGAGGCCAGUUCUAGUGAUGAAAAGAUGAGCUGGGCUUUUCUGAUUCCAUGUCGUCAAUAAAUGAAAUAAAUCAUCUUCCA